AUGGCGGACGACGCCGCCGGCCGCGGCGAGGCCACUUCGACGAUCGGCGGUGAUAACAAGGAGAAGUCUUCGGCGGCGGCGGCGGCGCUGCUGAGCUUGCUGCGCGCCAAGUCGGAGCGGAGCGCCGAGGCGGAGGCGAAGGUUGAGUGGGUGCGGUCGCAGGUCGUGGGACGCGACGCCGAGUUCGACACGCCGUUCGGCCGCCGCGCCCUCGUCUACGCCGACCACACCGCCUCCGGCCGCAGCCUACGCUACAUCGAGGACUACAUCCUUACACAAGUCCUUCCCUUCUACGGGAACACGCACACAGAGGACAGCCACGUCGGGAGCAGGACGACGAGGAUGGUGAAGACGGCGGCGAACUACAUCAAGCGGUGCAUGGGCGCCGGCGCCGACGACGCGCUGCUCUUCUGUGGCUCCGGCGCCACGGCGGCGGUGAAGCGCCUGCAGGAGACGAUGGGCGUGGCCGCGCCGCCGCUUCUGCGGGCGCAGGUGCUCGCUCACAUGCGCACAGAGGAGCGGUGGGUGGUCUUCGUGGGGCCCUACGAGCACCACUCCAACCUACUGUCGUGGCGGCAGAGCCUGGCGGACGUCGUCGAGGUCGGCGCCGGCGACGACGGGCUCGUCGACCUCGCCGCGCUCCGGCGCGCGCUCAGCGCGCCCGAGCACGCAAACCGACCCAUGCUGGGUUCCUUCUCGGCGUGCAGCAACGUCACCGGCAUCAUCACCGACACUCGGGCGGUCGCGCGCGUCCUGCAUCAACACGGCGCAUUCGCAUGCUUUGACUUCGCCGCGAGCGGGCCGUACGUGGAGAUCGACAUGAGGUCGGGCUCCAUGGACGGCUACGACGCGGUGUUCCUCAGCCCGCACAAGUUCCCCGGCGGGCCCGGCACGCCGGGCAUCCUGCUCAUGCACCGCUCACUCUACCGGCUCACCUCCUCGCCGCCCACCACGUGCGGCGGCGGUGUCGUCGCCUACGUCAACGGCGUCAGCGAGGACGACACGGUGUACGUCGACGGCGUGGAGGAGCGGGAGGACGCCGGCACUCCGCCCAUCGUGCAGAAGGUGCGCACGUCGCUCGCGUUCUGGGUCAAGGAGCACGUCGGCCUCAGCGCCAUCGCGCUCCGGGAGGGCGCCCACGCCGAGGCCGCCAUGAGGUGGCUCCAGUCCAACCCCGCCAUCGAGGUGCUCGGGGACGUGCAGGCGCCCCGCCUGCCUAUAUUCUCGUUCCUCGUCUACCCCGGCGAGGACGACGGCGGCAUUGCGACACCCACGACCAGGCGGCGGCUGCCCCUCCAUGGGCGAUUCGUGGCGAGGCUCAUGAACGAUCUCUUCGGCAUCCAGGCCAGGGGCGGCUGCGGCUGCGCCGGGCCGUACGGUCACGCCCUCCUCGACGUAGGCGACGAGCUCUCCCUUCGCAUCCGCUCCGCCAUUCUUAAGGGCUACCAUGGCGUGAAGCCGGGGUGGACGAGGGUGAGCUUCGCCUACUACCUCCCUAGGGAGGAGUUCCAGUUCAUCCUCGCCGCCAUCGACUUCGUCGCCGCGCACGGCCACCGCUUCCUGCCGCUCUACGACUUCGACUGGGCCACCGGCAACUGGACCUUCCGGCACCGGGCGAUCAAGCACCACCUCAUGAUGGGCGAGCUGCUGCGCGAUCAUGGCACCUGCAGCACGGAGGUCUCUUGUUCUGGGGACGAUGACGAACCCCGGGCAGACGUCAGCGACAAGUUCGACAGGUACCUGCAGUUUGCCACCAAGGUCGCCCUGUCGCUCCCUGAUACCUGUGGUGAGCAGCAGGUUAUUCCCCAAGGAAUCGACCCUGACAUUGUACUUUUUCGAGUUUGAGUCAAUCUUUUGUACGUAGUACGUUUAGUUCCCUUGUUAAUUAACUUUUCAUAGCGGUAACAGUUGAGUUUGGAGGUUUAAGGACUCCAUGAGUCUUUUCCACAAA